GAAGACAACGCUCCAAGCCACAAAGCGAAACACAGUCAGCAAAAGCAUGAUACACUUGGUCUCCAUUCACUUAUCCACCCUCCCUCAUCUCCGGAUGUUGAUCCUAUUGAGAAUCUCUGGUCAAUGGUGAAGUACAAGGUUAGCAAGCGCCUUCCAAGAGCGACAAAUGUGAAGCAGUUGUUUGACCAUUGGGUGGCGGAGUGGGAAGCUAUAGACAUGGAUAUUGUCAACAAGGUGGUGGAUAGCAUGCCAAGGAGGGUUGAGGCUGUCAAGCAUGCUAAGAGGUACGCUAUCAAGUACUAA